AUGCAUUUAAUCAGUGUUGUUUUCCAUCAUGGAGGGGAAUUUGUGAGCAUGAGUGAUGGGGUUAUGAUAUACAGGGGAGGGGUAGCGACACAUGUUAAUGACAUUCACAUUGACAACUUUACUAUGGUUUGCGUUAAGAAGCUGUUGAAUGAGUGGGGUUACAAUGAAGGCACAUUUAGGGUAUGGACAAAGGUUGUUGAAAUUGAUCCCAACUUUUUCCAAAUUAAGAAAGAUGAUGACUGUUAUGAUGUAGUUGCAUUUUCUUAUGCUAAUGAAGUUGAGGGUUUCAUCUAUGUAGAGCAUGAUGUAGUAGAUGUUUCAUUUUCAGUUGUUAGUCCUCGAUGUGUUAGUGAAACAGAUGUGAUGGAUCAAAGUGAUGAAGAUGGAGUGGAAGGAUUGGGAGAUAGUGAGGAUGGACGUGCCACUGGUUUGGAGGAUGGGUUUGAGGACAUAGAUGUUUCUGUACAUAUGAAGGAAGCUCCUUCCCUAUCAGAUGUUAUGAGGGGUUCAAAAAAGAAAGAAAUGGAAGAUGAAGAUGAAUAUGUAACUGACGAGUUGGACAGCUCAGACCCUGAUUUAUCAGAUGAGGACAAAGUUCACAAGUUUGAAAAGUUCAAAAAGGAGCAUUUCAACAAGAAUUUUAAAUUUGAGUGGGGUAUGGAAUUUAAUUCUCUUGAUGAGUUUAGAGAAGCUAUACGUGAGUGGUCAGUAUUAAAUGGUAGGGAAAUAAAGUUUGUGAAAAACGAGAGCUACAGGGUUAGGGUGGAAUGUAGAGCCAAGUGUGGUUUUUUAAUACUUUGUUCAAAGGUGGGCCACAAACAUACUUUUGCUAUAAAAACAAUAUUUGAUAAGCACACAUGUGCUAGGGUUCUAGACAACAGAUCUGCAAGCUCAAGGUGGGUGGUUAAGGCUGUUGUAAAAAAGAUGCAAACAUCACAAAGUGUUAGGAUUACUGACAUAAUUCAAGACUUGAGGCAGAAUUUUUCUAUGGGCAUCACUUUUGCAAGGGCAUGGAAGGCAAAGCUCAUAGCCAAAAGGAUUCUUGAGGGAGAUGCAGAUAGGCAAAAGGAUUCCCGAACAAAAACUGGAGUUGUUUCUUUGUCGAAGGAGGCUAAAGAUCCAAAAUUUCUUUCGUAA